AUGGCGACGUGGGAAGCUCUUUGCAGCACGAUGGCUACUGGUUUGAUCAGCGGAGGUCCCGUCUCAUUGAUAUAUGGAGCUAUUGUAGCUGCGAUUGGCUCGAUUUGUUCCGCCCUCUCUCUAGCCGAAUUGGCGUCUGCUUAUCCUACAGCUGGUGGCCAAUAUCACUUCGUUGCCCAUCUGUCUGGCCAAUCCACAUCCAAGGUCACCAGUUAUUUCGCUGGUUUCAUCACCGCCUUUGGUUGGAUCACUGUCACAGGCAGUGCCCCGUUUCUCGCAGGUACGAUGAUCCAAGGCCUACUUGUUCUCAACUACCCCGAAACAUACGUUUACGAACGUUGGCAUGGAACACUACUCUACUGGGCUGUGCUCGUUGUCGCAGCAGUCGUCUGCAUUUUCUGCAGCCACAUCCUUCCCUUGGUUGAGAAGAUCUCGAUGUCACUCCAUAUUGCUCUGUUUUUCGUCAUUCUCAUCGUCAUGUGUGCCGUCUCACCUACCAAGAACUCUGCGUCAUACGUGUUCACUACCUUCGAGAAUAACUCAGGUUGGGCCAGCGAUGGUGCUGCUUGGUGCAUCGGUAUGCUGAGUUCCUGUUACGUCUUGAUCGGCUACGACGGAGCAACACAUCUCGGUGAGGAGAUGAGGAAUCCGGAAAUCGGCAUCCCAUAUGCCAUGGUUGGCAGUGUGGUUCUCAACGGCUUUCUGGGGUUCUGCUUCCUGAUUGCGCUGUUGUUCUGCAUGGGAGACAUCACUGCAGCGUUACAAACCACAACCGGGUUUCCAAUCAUUGAGAUCUUUUACAAUGUCACAAGAAGUCAUGCAGGGGCUUCAGCAAUGUCGGCUUCAGUUGUUCUUAUGGCUAGUCUAGCCACCAUCCCGUUGCUGGCGUCAGCGGCACGCGUUAUGUGGGCUUUUGCGAGAGACCAAGGUCUACCAUUUUCCAACACUCUCUCUAAAGUCGAAAAGAAACGUGGCAUCCCAACCGUAGCGAUCCUCGUCACAUUGGUCAUCUUGAUACUCCUCGGACUGAUCAACAUCGGCUCUACAACUGCCUUCAACGCCAUCCUAUCCCUUGCCGUAGUUGGCCUGCAGAUAUCAUAUCUGGUUCCUAUUCUUCUUCUCAUCUGGCGUCGUUUCAAAACUCCUGAAUCACUGGCCUGGGGACCCUUCCGGCUUGGAAAAGCCGGUCUUUUUGUUAACAUCAUCGCUACGUUGUACUUGGUUUUCACAAGUGUUUUCUCGCUAUUCCCGCCCUACCAACCUGUUACACCACAGAACAUGAACUAUGCGUCACUUGUGUUGGGAGCAACUCUCAUCUUUGGGCUCGUGUAUUGGUUGUUGUUUGCGAGGAAGACUUACGCGGGAGCGUUGAACGAGAUGGAUGGGGUAGCUGCGAAUGCCACUGAGGUGGCAAAGGGAUAG